AUGGCCGCCGCGCAUGGCAGUGGCAGCAUCCCCACCGUCGCAUUCACCACCCCUCCAAACUACGCCGCCAGGCUGGCCCACCUCCUCACCCUCAAAGGCUUCAAACCCCUCUCCGCCCCCACACUCAUCGUUCAGCCCACACCGUCCACCGUAGCCGCCCUCAAACCCCACCUCUCACCCCCUUCCCUCGAUCUCUUCUCCGCCGUCGCCUUCCCUUCACGCACAGCCGUCGCCGCGUUCUCAUCCGCCGCCGCAGACGUCCCCCACCCUCUCCUCUCCCCGCACGGGGACGUAUUCACGGUCGCCGCGCUGGGAAAGGACUCCGAGCUCAUAGACGACAGUUUCGUCCACAGGCUCUGUCCCAAUCCUGACCGAAUCAGAAUUUUAGUGCCUUUGACCGCGACCCCGAACGCAUUGGUCCAAUCGCUCGAAGACGGGCGCGGUCGAAGGGUGUUGUGUCCAGUCCCGCUAGUAGUGGGACUGGUCGAGCCUCCCGUGGUCCCACAUUUUCUUCGGGACUUGGAGGCCAAGCAUUGGGUUCCAGUUAGGGUAAACGCGUACGAGACGCGAUGGGCCGGCCCGGGCUGUGCCGAGGAAGUGGUGGAGAAGAUCGAAGAUGAAGCGUUGGAUGCGAUUGUGUUUACGAGCACGGCGGAGGUGGAGGGGUUGCUAAAGAGCUUCAAAGAGUUUGGGCUGGACUGGGAGACCGCCAAAAGGAGGUGCCCCAAAAUGCUGGUGGCGGCCCAUGGGCCCAUCACGGCAGCCGGGGCUCAGAUGCUUGGAGUUGGAGUUGAUUUGGUGAGUUCUCAGUUUGGUAGCUUUCAAGGAGUUGUUGAUGCUUUGCACGCUGAGAUUUUGAGAUUGAGUUAA